AUAUUAUUUGUGAAACACGCUCCGUACCGUAAACGAAUCGACUGUCUUUAGAUAUGCACGUAAAUGAAUCGUGCAUGAAUACAAUUACAAAGUGACAAUAUUCAGAGCGGAAAAUACAGUCUCGAAAUGGACUAACAAUAAGCUGCUUUAAAUUUGGACAAGUCCUCUUGAAUCGCAUGCGCGAAGAGAAUCGCCGAUUAGAAGUGUGACGUUUUUCAUAUGCUGUUUAUCAAUUACUGAUGAUUGAUCCAUAUACGAUUCGAAAUGUGUUAUACCUGAAGAUUCGUCGAAACGUAGUGUGUGAUAAAUGUCACGUGAUAUAUUUCAGACGACGACGACAACGACUGAUUAGCACUGGCAAAAAAGAAGAGGAUCGCAGUGAAGUGUGCCAUUUGACAGCUGGCGAAAAGUUUUAUUCACGAAAUUUAUACCUAUGCAACGAUGGACGAACCUUCAGCGAAAAACUGCCAUUAAAUAAAUAGACCUACGUUUAUAUAAAUGCGAAACGCGCAACUGUUGGCUCGCGUAAUGUGGGUUUGACAUUUCGUGAAGGUUCAGUUUCGAGGUUAUGCUUACCUUUCGCGACACUGUUUCCAGACUAACCUUUAAUAACAAGAAUAUGCCGAAAUCUAAAAUUAAGUAUGAAAUUGCUAGCCAAGAAGCCGAUGUCCCCGACUACUUUUUACAACACGAUACGGAAUUCAAAAAUACACCGACAAAACACUUGUCCUUCUGGUGGGGAAUCCUCCUCACGUCCCUUCUUAUACUUUUAUACUUUGUUCUCUCGGUAGGACUCAGCUUUUAUCAACAAUGGUUACUCAAGUCAUGGGAUUUUCAUUACCCACUGGGUGUAGUCCUCUGUCACUUGUUUGUAAAGUUCCUACUUUCUGCGCUGGUGCGAUGUGUCCUAGAGUGCAAAACUGGGCAACGGAGGGUCAGGUUAUCUUGGCAGAAUAUGCUAAUCUAUGUUGCACCGCCAGGCAUCGCAAGCGGCCAUGAUAUUGGCUUUUCAAACUGGGCUCUAGAGCUACUCACCAUGUCGGUGUACACAAUGACUAAGUCAACGACGAUCAUUUUCAUUCUUGGUUUUGCACUCUUAUUUAAACUUGAAAGAAAGUCGUGGUCCUUGGUGGGAACCGUUGUAAUGAUAUCGGGAGGUCUGGCAAUGUUCACAUAUAAAUCGGCAAAGCUCGAUAGCCUCGGAUUAGUUUUUGCUUUGCUAGCGUCAUUCUCAAGCGGACUUCGUUGGACAAUGGCGCAACUUGUUAUGCAAAAGUCCAAACUUGGCCUUGGAAAUCCAAUAGAUAUGAUGUAUCAUAUGCAACCUUGGAUGUUUGUAUCUAUAAUACCCGUGGCAUUAUGGUUUGAGGGGACCACAAUAAAAAAUGGUUUGGCGAACACGGACUGGACCAACACUGCAUCUGUGUUAGUAACGGUCGCCGCUGUGCUUGGUGGAGCUAUCAUAGCAUUUUGCAUGGAACUCGCUGAGUACAUGGUUAUUACACGUACCUCUAGUCUGACGCUAUCUAUAUCUGGAAUAUUUAAGGAAAUCUGCACGUUAGUCCUAGCGUUCGAGUGGAAAGGGGAUGAAAUGAGUGGCCUUAACUUUGUGGGUCUGCUGUUGUGCCUUGGCGGAAUAAUUCUUCAUUCUUUUCAAAAAUUUCGGAUGACCAACAAACAUAAAAUUGAAAACCUUGAGCUGGAGCAUAACUCCAUGUUAAAUAACCGUACUAAAUCUGAUGAUGGAUUUGACACUAAUUUACCGCUAUUAUCAACACAGAAAUCAACUUCGCUGACGAAUUUACUCAACGAAUUUUUCAGUUCGGAUGAAGAAGAAAAUAAAAAUGAGGAAAGCUCAUCGCAAGUCCUCUUUAAUAUUUUACAUCGCAGAGAACAGUGAUUCGUACAAAGAACGUAAUAAUGACAACGCAUAUUAUUACCAACUUUAAAAAAUGUAUUACAUUGCCAAGAUAAAACCCCAAAUCUAUCAUUAUCAAAUCCCAGC